AUGAUUCGGGGUUGGUGGUUCUCUGCGGGGAACUGCGAGGGGAAUGGCAUGCAUGGAUGCGAUGAAGCAAUGAGUCGAGCCAUCUCGCCAACGGAACAGAACCCGAAGUUGGUGGGGGGCUUGGCGCGGCGCCCCGGAGUCUUGUUCUCUGAAUGGGCUUUUUACAUUGUUAACAAGAGCCUCAGCGACAGAUCGCAACCUGUAAAAUCCGCAAACAUCGUUUUCCUUUCGCUCAAAAUAGACCCUUGUCACAUUGAAGUCGGCUUCAUAUAA